CUCCUCCUCCACGCUGCUGCUGUUUUAUGCUGCUGCCUGCCUUCAGUCAGGAAGCGGAAGAAGGAAUGUUGGAGUGUUUUUAGAAAAGUUUGGACCGUUUGAGAAAAGAGACAAACACGGUGGAGGAAGAUGUCGGUAUGUUUUCAUUCCAGCUGAUGGUCUUCUUACUGAUCUCAACGAUAAGGGGGAAUGAAGAGUGGACCUGUGGAAAUAAAAACAGACACUGCUGCAAAUUCCAACAAAGAGCCUGUCUACAUGGCUUGUGUGCGGCGUCAAGUAUUUGCCAAGAGCAGAGAGUCCCAAAUACAAGGGUCCAACCCAAAGUCCAGUGACCCCCCUGACACCCAGCAAAGCCAAAGUAACGGGGACACCCAGGCACACUCUGAAGGAACAGGUCAAGAUCCAAACAAGAUAGUAAGCUGGCUCUUGGAUUGCAGCACUCCUAACAGAGGCUCUAUAGAUGAUCAGAGUGCUUCCCUUUGCAGAGGAGCGCUGAAGAACGGCUGCAGCUUUGAAGAUGACCUUUCAUUGGGAGCUGAAGCCAAUCAUCUUCAGUCAACCACCCAUAAAGCUGAUCCCUCCUUUGGUCUUGCCGCGGAUCAGAAGAGGAGUCAGUACAAAGAGAGAGCCCGAAGUAUGAACUCGACGGGUUCAGGGAAGAGCAGCACCGUGUCCAGUGUUUCAGAGCUACUGGACAUGUAUGAGGAAGACCCUGAGGAAAUCCUCUUAAAUCUGGGAUUUGGUCGAGAAGAACCUGACCUGUCUUCAAAGAUCCCCUCUCGGUUCUUCAGUGGCAACUCGUCGGCACGAGGCAUUGACAUCAAGGUCUACCUGGGAGCUCAGCUGCAACGCCUGGAACUGGAAAACCCCAGCUAUGCUCUUACGAGUCGUUUCCGUCAGAUGGAGGUCCUAACAACGGUCGCUAACGAGUUCUUUCAGCUCUACAGUAACAUCUCAGGACAGCAAGUCCAGCAAAUCAACGUCAAGGAGCAAGGAGGAGGAGGAGAUGGAGAAGAUGGUGACAGUCAUGUUCCUAAUCUAAAGAGGAAUAACUCUGUUCUGAAUUUUGCUAAACGUCUAAAGACAAGCAUAAGCAAACGCAACCUGCUCAGCUCUGCCUCCGAGUUGCCUGAAGAGAACUCCCCUAUCCAGGAGGAGCCGAACGUAGCCACACCUGAUCACGCUCGCAUCAACGGCCACGCUGGUCCAGAGCAGGACAGGUCCAACGCUGACCACCUGGCACAGACUGUCACCCUCAAACCAAAUGGGAGGAAAGAGCGGUCUUCUUUAGAGACGGUAACCGAGGAAACCAGCAGAGGUGAACAGAUGGAUCUGCUACUAAACAGCAGUCCUGAACAGAGCAUCUCUGGACCAGAGCUUCGACCAGAGUCAGCAGACCUCCAGCCAGAAGAAGAAGGAGCUCAUUUGACCAAAGAGGACACGAUAAUUACCUCCACCCCAGAGAGAGCGGCCUCCACCCUCAGUCCACUGAAGCUAGCUCAGCUUUGCAAGGAAAACACGGACUCCUUUGAUAUGGAGGAGAUUCAAACUAAUGAAGAUGAGGCUCUGCCGUGCAGAACUUCCAGAGCCACAGACUUGUCCAGGACUGUGAGUCAGCAGUCAGACAGCAGCGGUUUUGCUGAGGAACCUUCUGUUUACUCCAACAGCAACCUCAAGGUGCAGGAGAGUAGUGACAGCUGUGACAGCGAGACCACUGUGACUUCGCAUCCUUCACAAGAUAUAGCCACUCCCCAUGCACUGGACCAACCAGCAUUUGACCUGCCAGACGGCAAAACGGAAGAGGCGGGGCCUGGUGAUGCACUUCAGGCUGAUGGGAGAAGCUACUCCAGUGAAGAAGAUGCACACAAUCUGAGUUCAGAGCAGUUUCUACAGUACACGGUUCAUUCUCUUCCCAGGAGCAGACCUAAAGAAGAGCAAGUCGAAGGCAGAGCCAGAACUGAUCACGAUACAGAACCACAACCCUCGCAGAACCAGUCUGAGCAAGAACCAGAACUGGAGCAAACCCAGAGUCGGUCUGAUUCAGAAAUAGAACCACAACACGCUGAGCAGCCGACAGAGACAACAGCAGAUACUCCCUCAGAAGGAGCUGAUGCCCAAGUGGAGGCGACGCCCCGCGAUGAUUCUGCUUCAUCAUUUUCAGUUCUCAGUGCACUAAAUCGAGCCAAACGGAAACAUCAGUGUCGGUUAGGUCAGCACAACAGCAUCCAGGGUGACGAUCUGUCCCAAACCCCAAAAGAAGGAAGAAGGCGUGGGUUCAUUCCCAUGCAGAGGUCCUCCUCCCUGCCGUCCUGCCUUGUCUCACCCCCCAGAGUUGUGUCCUCAGUCAAAAUCCAGUUUAGACAGGGCCAGACAUCCUGCACGCCACCUAGGUACUCCUUUAAAUACACUGCAGAAGAUGGAGAGGAUAAUGGAGAAGAGGAGGUGCUGGAAGAGGAGGAGAAGGAGCAAAGCAACUGUCUGUCUACUCUGAUUAUCAACCCUGGUGUUCAAGAAAGAACUGCUGCCGUUCCCCCUAAGCCCAUCCCUCCCUACCUGCGAGGCUCACACGGUUCUCCACAUAGUGCCAGCCCUCCCCCUAACUGGUCACCAGUAUGCCACCCACACUCUUGGAGCACACAGAGCGUUCCUGAUCUCACUUCCAGUCAUCAUCAGCCAUUCCAGCAGAGCAUGGGCACCAGUCACAACCAGCAGAGCUGGACUUCAGGGCAGUUGAUGUUUCCUACUCAAAGCCCUUCAGUGGUGUUCUCUGAUCCCAACUCCCAUCCCAGUCCUGGAUCUAACACCAGCCCUUUUCCCUUCUCUGUGCACCCCUACGCUAACUCUCCUUACCUCCACAAUCAGCACAACCCUCCCUUAAAUCACUACUUCAGUCUAACCAACCUCCACCAACCUUUCACCUCCCCAGGGCCCCCUCAUGGCAGCCUCACCAACUUGCAUCAACCUCCAACUUCCACAGUUCCUCACCCAUUCGGGUUGGGUCCUGGAACUCCUCCAAUGCACCAUCAGAUCUACAACCCUCCGUACCCUCACCAGUUACCCUACCCUACACUACAUGGCUCCCAGUAUGCCUCACCGUACUACACCCCUCCAGGGUAUAGUUUGAACCCCCACCUUCACCCAGGACUCGCUUAUUCUGCUCCCCCAGGCUUGGCACCGGGACGCAGCCCAUCCAGUACAGAGAUGCAGCUGAGGAAGGUCCUGCAUGACAUCAGGGGAACAGUCCAGAGUCUGAAUCAGACUCGAGCCAACUCUCCGGAUCCAUACGGUGAGCUCAGAGCUGCUUCUAGUCAGCAGUCUUUGGCAGAGUAUCAGCAGAGGAGGCGGAGCCUGAACAUCUUCCGCAGUCAGAUGACAGACCUGGAGCUGUCAAUCAUGCAACAGCAGGCUCUCUUCUACAGACACCUGAGUCCCGCCGACAGACUGGAGGUGGAACAACUUCGGGCUCUAAGGUCAGCGGUCCGAGAGGAACUCCGGGAGCUGGAACAACAGCUGGAAGACCGACUCUUGGAUCUGACUCCUUACUCACAUCAUGCUGAUGUUCAUAGAGACACUAGUGUUGAGAACCUGUCCACUGCAUCAGCACUGAGAGCUAUGGAGCCGGUGUCGGACCUCCUCAGAGAGCAGUUCUUCCUCCAAUCAGAGCUUGGUUACGACGGCCACGGCCCCUCCAGCCGCUCACCGAGUCCAGCCAGAAGGGACGAUGGCAGGCAGAGGCAAGAAGUGUAUCGGGCAUCGGUCAGCAUAACCCCUGCUCCUCCUCCUCGACCCAACGCACCCACUGGGCAGCAGGAGGAAGGACAGAGACAUGGUGAAGAAGCAGAGGGAGAAAACGAGGAAGGACAGGAAGAAGCAUCAGAGACGGAAGGUGCAGCAGGAUUAAUCGGAGCUGACAACCUUCAACAUCUCAUUAGAGAGAUUCGAAAUAGUGUUGCACAAGAGGUCCGACGGGAGAUCUAUCAGGAGCUGCUGGCAGCUGCAUCACCACAGCGCUCACCCUUACCCACCAGGCGACACCCUCAGUAACCAUGACAACAGCAGAGCUUUUCGUAAACCACAGCCUGAACAAACCACUGUCUGUCUUAAACACUGUAUGAGCAACACUGUGGAACACCAUGUGCUUUUAUAACACUGUAUGUCUGCAGGCACUGUUGAUGAGCCAUCAUCUACAUGUGAUAAACCCUGCCCACUACACCUGUGGCUCCACCCACUCCCACCGCCCAAAUGUUUCGACUACGACUAGUAUAACCGCUGCUGACAGCGUCCUGCUUUCAUACAAGAAGUUAGUUCAUUCUAAUUAGGACAAUAUCAAUUUACAAAAAUGACUAUGUUGAUUUAGCCAGAAUUUAAAUUUUUGGCAAUAAAGCCAUUCACAGAACACAGUAAUGUUAUUCUGCUGUUGCUUUGGGACUUUUAGACCCGACUCGCAUUUUUGCUCCCAUCAGCAACAGGAAAAAAAUGUAUUGUUUUACAAGAAAUAGCUGGAAAAUGUAAUUUCCCCUUUUGCCUUCAAUUGCUAUUUGAUAUGAUUUCGCUGGUUAAAGCUGUGAGCUCAACUAACUGGUUUUAAUGUUUUGGAAGCUGAUGAGGCAGAAAUCAGGCCAAGAAAUAUCUUCAAAAACAUCCCAGCCAAAUCAUGAGAACUUUGUUUUUGUCAGGCGUGGACCUGGCCUUUUCCAUGUCUGAUCAUCUCUGUUCUGUACAGCUGAAAUGCCUUAAUCACCUUGGCCUACUUGGUGGACAUCAGCAUUUAUUUUUAUUCUUUUCAUGCACAUUUCACCUCACUCUAGAAUGUCUAAAGAGAGUUUUAUUACAAACAAAUAUAUUUAUGUGUGUGAUUGCGAUGCACCAUCAGCUUCAUCAUCCUCAUCAUCAUGCUUCUGUUCCUUUCACUUCCUGUUGAGCACUUUAGGAAGCAAUCCAAAUUUAAAUUCAUAAAGUUAAUCCUCUUGAGGCAAAAGUUCCUGGAGCAAGUAUCUGAGAUCUAAAUUCUGGAAGCAUCUUCCUCGAAGCGUGCUGUUUUUAUUUAUAUAUCUGUAUCUUAAGCAAAUAAAAAGCCACGUUACACAACGCGUAGUUUAUAAACUCCUAAAAAUAUCUGACAAAGGUUGCGUCGUGUCAGAAGUGUAGAGAGCCGUGAUCUCAUGUGGGGCUGAGACCUGAAUGAGGUUUCAGUAAGUUGUCAUAGCGACUGUGAUGAGGAUGGUGACAUGUCAAGCGGUUGGACAGAGGAGCUUGGUGAGCUUCAGCUGUGUUGGCAUGUUAGCUUCAGUUUAAUUAGCGAUUAAUCUGUGUGCAAUACUGUGAACACAAAUGGAUCAUGUGAUAGAGAUCGUUAAUCGCUCACUGCUAACAUUGUGAUGAACUUCUGACACAGGAAACUCUGAGGCUUUUAUUGCAUCAGCCAGCAAGAUAUUUACUUUCCCUAAUUGCUUCCUGUUACUCUUUAUAAUCAUUAAAACUUGAUUGUAGUUUAUUUGUUUUAUCAGUCAUCAGUGACCGAACUGUAAACGUGUAGGUUGAAUGUGAUUAGCUGAGAGACGUGUGAGUCAAAGCUUCCCUAUGACUUCGUUUUUUAUUUUUUUUUUAUUGUUCUUUUGGGAUUCUUCUGUAGCACAAACUCUUGUUAAAAUUAAAUUGUUUGUUGGGAGCGUGCAUGCGUGUGCGUGUGUGUGUGUGUGUGUGUGUGUGAGAGAAUGUUGAUAAACUUUUAGCUGAAGCUCAAAUUUUGACUCACUAAUACAAAAUGGAGCUUUAAGACCUAAAUGUAAUCUUAAAAACUUUAGAGCUCAGUCUCUUUAUCGUGUUGACGGAUUGUUAUUACCACUCUCCCUGAUGAAUACUCACUGAUUUGUUUUCUUUUCGUAGAUCAGGAAUGCUCUACUAAUUCCACUCUCCUGUCUGAAUGUUGGUGGUUGUCUGUUUCUGUCUAAUAAUAAUAAUGUGUAUUUUGUACUGAUGGGUCUGAAGUCAGAUGUGGGGAGGGGUCACUUUAGAGAUGAGAAUAAUAAAGAUAUAUUUAUUUUCAGUA